AUCAGCGUCACUCAGUCAGUGUUCGUUGUGGGGGAAGGUUAUAUUUACGUGGUUUAGGUAAAAAAAUGACGUCCAUAAUUAGGAAAGCACCUGAAUCUCAAAAAAGUGUCCAAGAUCUUGUGCAGUCGCCGUUUGAUGUAAAAAUGACGUCCACAAUUACGAAACCACCUGAAGCUCAAAAGAGUGCCCAAGAUCUUCACCAGCCGCCGUUUGAUGAACAUCCAAGAAAACUGAUCCCAGCACUGUGUCGCCAGUUCUACAAUAUGGGUUGGGUUUCCGGAACUGGAGGAGGAAUGAGCAUCAAAUACGGCGGCAAGAUUUACAUUGCGCCCUCUGGUGUUCAGAAGGAACUCAUUCAGCCAGAUGAUCUUUUUGUUAUUGAUAUGGAGGGCCAAGAUCUUGAGCUGCCUCGUCCUGAAAAGAAACUGAAAAGAAGCCAGUGCACACCUCUCUUCAUGUGUGCAUAUACAGCUCGUAAUGCUGGGGCAGUCAUACAUACUCAUUCAAAAGCUGCUGUGAUGGCUACAUUUUUGUAUCCAGAAUAUGAAUUCCGCUGCACCCAUCUUGAAAUGAUCAAGGGUAUUUUUAAUCAGAAACUGAGACGAUACUACCACUAUGAUGAGGAAUUGGUGGUUCCUAUAAUUGAGAACACUCCUCGAGAAGAAGACUUACAGUUCCGUCUGAAACAAGUACUAGAAGAGUAUCCAGAAACAUCAGCUGUUCUAGUACGGCGUCAUGGUGUAUACGUGUGGGGAAAUACAUGGCAAGAAACCAAAGCAAUGUGUGAGUGCUACGAUUAUCUCUUUGAUUUGGCAGUUCAGAUGAAACUACAUGGUUUGAAUCCUCAGCACACUCCAGUGGACUACGAACUAAGGAUUCAGAAAGAGAAACAAGAGGAGCGACUGAAUAUAAAGCCAACUUAAGCUUUGGAUUGAGAAAGUGUUUUUGAUACUUUAAUCUUUUUUAUUGGGGACAUGCCAAAGAUUUUUAGUUACAACCUUUUAAUUGUGUAUAUAAUGAUAAAAGCACUCUUGGUCUCUGAAUUCCUGUACCAAUAUAAUUUAUGUAUGGUCUCAAUUAUUGUGAUAUGUUAUCUCAGCCAAAACAUCAUAAUUACCACAUUAUUCUUCCUGCAAGAAAGAAACCCCAGAGAAUGUGGAGUCUAUUAGCUUUCAAUUAACAUCUGAAUACUUUGUUUUUACUUUUUAACACUUGAAUAUUACUUAUAAUCCAACAGACUUUCAGUUUACUCCGAACUGAAAGGAAUUUUUUUAAGUAGCUUCCUUGGUACUUUAAUGAAUGUCUUAAAUAUUAUUUAGAAGCAAUUUUCUGCUUUACAUCUUUUUAUUCUGUUCACUUCAAAGGAGGUUUUUUUUAUACAUAACUUUGAUUUCAUGCAGUAACAGUAUUGUUUUGAAUGUUAAGUGUUUUAAUGUACGUACUAGAUAUUCUUUUAAAAAUUAGUAACUUGUGUAGUAAUAAUAUACAUAAACAUAUUUUCUCAAUGUACUGAAAUGUGCCAAAAACAUAUUUGAUACAAAAAAUAAAUUUUGGGGGGCAUAAAAAAUAAGUGGUAUUUGAAGCUAGUUUUAAUUUUUAAGAGUAGACGUUUCUGGGUUAUAAUGAAUGUUAUCAUUGUAGGAAAUUGUGUUUCUAGUGAUGGUGCAUGCAAACUGUAUGUUCAUUACUUUGAUGAUAUUGAUGUGCCAUAUAUAUUAUUAUGGCAGCUUAUGUUGAAACAUUGUGAAGUAUUGCAUUUACUUAGCGAGAGAUCUGUGUAUGUGUUCACAUGUAAAUCAUAAUGUUUUGUCUCCUAAAUAUAUUUUGAUGUCAACAUAUUU